UCUCCGUUCACCCCUCUGUCCUUCUCUCUUCGAACUCCAAAUGCUGCGCGCGCGCACCGACGGGCGACCCCGGCGCGGCGGCGCCGACCGAUAGGCGCGAGACACCCUCUCGCGUUCUCCGCCGGAUUUCCUUCGGCCGUUCGAUGUAACCGCGAGGUCGACAGGUAUAGUGAAUUGUUAAUUCGUCGGUCAACAUAUGUUCCAUUCAGAUAUAGAUUCAAAGGCUUCCAUAGUACUCUCCACCUUUCAUACAAAGGGAAAAUAAUUGAAGCAAAGACAUUCCUUUGAAGACUGAAAAAAGGUGUCCAGUGUUUCCAGGAAUACAGGAACUUUCUACUCAGUAAAGAUUAGACGUAGCAACUUGAGGCAAGCUUAAAGUCAGAAGCAUCUUUUGAACUUCACUUUUCUGGUACAAGUUUGAUAACAAGCUCAAGACUGCUAGAAACACGAGCUGACAUAAGCAGUAGCCAUUACUGGUCCCCCGGCCUUUCUUGAAGGAUUUCUUCUUGCUGGAGAGACAGUUUUUUCGAGAAAACCUUGCUGGCGAGACAGUUAAAGGGCAGUAGAAAAAAGGAGAGAGAAUGAGUUCAUCUUGGACAGAAGAACAGAACAAGCUCUUUGAGAGGGCACUGGCGACGUAUGACAAGGACACGCCAGACCGCUGGCAGAAUGUGGCACGAGCAGUCGGUGAUGGGAAGACAGUCGAGGAAGUGAAGAAGCACUAUGUAAAGCUGCUUAAGGACCUCCAGCGCAUUCACGGAGGCAGUCAAGGAUCUCACUACAGCACCUCUGGCGCCAGCAGUAGCAACAGCAACUCUUCGGGUGGUGCCAAUGAGGACCACAGGAGACUGUACCUGAACAUACAGUGAGCGUGAUCUUGGAGGAGGUGCUAAUCCAGAAUCUAAUGAAGCAGCACGUUCCAGCAAAACCAGAACAUAACCAAGUCUCACUAUAUAUAUGUUACUGUUGUUAUAUUAUUGAGCGUAUGUGCUCUUGCAUUGUGUGUAUGUCUGUGUGUGUCAUCAGUAUUGUAGUGAUCUGGUUACUAGUCGAGAUCUCCCUGCGGUGGUCAACCGUUCGAUAUACUUAUAUAUCUGAUAUGGGCAUUGCUACCUGAUGAAAAAUAUGAUGCUUGUCUA